GCACGAAGGCCGUUUUCAUUCCCUAUACACCUUUGGAAGGAGCUCACUAUGACAGGGCAGAGUCUGAAGGCUUUAUCUGAAGCAAAUUUUGAAGACAAUGAGAUCAGCAUCAACGUUGGAGGCUUUAAGAAAAAGAUGAGAUCCAACACAUUAUUAAGGUUCCCUGAGACCAGGCUGGGCAAACUGCUGAGCUGCCACUCAAAGGAGUCAAUACUAGAGCUCUGCGACGACUAUGAUGACACCAAGAAUGAAUUUUAUUUCGACAGGAACCCUGAGCUCUUUCCUUACGUGCUACAUUUUUAUAACACCGGCAAGCUCCAUGUGAUGGGUGAACUCUGCGUGUUUUCUUUCAGCCAGGAGAUUGAAUACUGGGGAAUCAAUGAAUUCUUUAUAGACUCCUGCUGCAGUUACAGCUACCAUGGGAGGAAAAUGGAGCCAGACCAAGAGAAAUGGGAGGAGCAAAGUGACCAGGAAAGUACCACAUCUUCUUUUGAUGAGAUUUUGGCAUUCUACAACGAUGCCUCUAAAUUUGACAAACAACCCUUUGGAAACAUCAGGAGGCAGCUCUGGCUCGCUUUGGAUAAUCCUGGGUACUCAGUCUUAAGCCGAAUCUUCAGUGUCCUUUCAAUAGUGGUGGUGCUGGGCUCCAUCGUGACCAUGUGCCUGAACAGCCUCCCAGACUUUCAAAUUGUUGACAGCAAUGGGAACCCCGAGGAAGACCCUCGCUUUGAAAUCGUGGAACAUUUUGGUAUUGCAUGGUUCACUUUUGAACUGGUGGCGAGAUUUGCAGUAGCUCCUGACUUUUUAAAAUUUUUCAAGCAUGCCCUGAAUUUGAUUGACCUAAUGUCUAUCCUUCCAUUUUAUAUUACCUUAAUUGUCAACUUGGUAGUGGAAAGUAGUCCGACUUUAGCAAAUUUGGGCAGGGUUGCACAAGUCCUGAGACUCAUGAGGAUCUUUCGCAUCUUAAAGCUUGCUAGACACUCCACAGGUCUCAGGUCUCUCGGAGCCACCCUGAAGUAUAGCUACAGAGAGGUGGGGCUUCUUUUACUUUACCUCUCUGUUGGCAUCUCCAUUUUCUCAGUAGUGGCUUACACCAUUGAGAAAGAAGAGAAUGAGGGGUUAGCCACCAUCCCUGCUUGUUGGUGGUGGGCUACCGUUAGCAUGACCACAGUUGGCUACGGGGAUGUUGUGCCAGGGAGCACUGCUGGCAAGUUGACAGCAUCUGCAUGCAUCCUAGCCGGUAUCCUAGUGGUAGUGCUUCCCAUUACACUGAUAUUCAAUAAAUUCUCCCACUUUUACAGGCGUCAGAAGCAGUUAGAGAGUGCCAUGAGAAGCUGUGAUUUUGGUGAUGGCAUGAAAGAAGUUCCGUCAGUCAACUUAAGGGACUACUACGCUUAUAAAGUUAAAUCCCUUAUGGCCAGUCUUACCAAUAUGAGCAGGAGUACCCCCAGUGAGCUGAGCCUGAAUGAUUCACUGCAUUAGUGUACAA